CGUGCCCGCUUCCUUUUUCCUCCCUCCGCCCCUUUCAAUCGGCGCGUACCAAGUGCAGAGGGAAGAGAGGGGUGGAGAAGCCUCGGCGCCGAAGGAAGGGAGUAACCGAGAAGGCGAGGUCAGAAGAGAAAGAGGCCUCGACGAAUGAUUCUCCUGUCCUUUCUCCGGAGGGUACAUCCUCCUGGAGACAAGGACAAGGAGAGAACAUGCCCCCGGGUUCUGGGUCUACGCGUCCCCGAGAGGGAGAUGGCAUCCACAUCUACCAGGAAUGAGGAGAAAAAGGGCAGCAGGAUGUCCCAAGCGGCAACCCUCUCUGGUGGAAGUCUGAAGGUUUCAUUAUCCCGAUCUGAGGAAUUCCUGACUCGGAUCAGCACAGAGCUCACCAACGAGGCCUUGUUUAUUGCUGGCUGCCCCACGAACUCUGUGCCCACCAAGGAAAAACAGACCCAAGACCGAGGGACUCAGAUAUCCAAACAUGUGUUCUUCAAGACCCAAGGCACCGACACCCGUUCGGACAGAAACCGUACCCGUACUAAGGCGCACCUCCUGCCAUCCCCUCGUGACAAGAACAUGCAUCAGAGCUCCUCGUUCACAAGUCACUAACGCUUCAGUUUGCUGGGGUCUCCUGGUCAUGAGCAGCAGCACACUCAAAGCCUCCCAGGUGUUCUGGAACCAUCUCACGCCUUUCCACCCUCAGCUGGCAAGGACAUCACCAGAAAUCAAAGGCUUUAAUAAAAAGACAGAGAGAGGUCCUUCCCUCCUCCCAACCCAGGCCGUGCUCUGGAGUGGCUUCUCUGGGGGUGGAGAUGUGAGAGGGUGGCCCUUUUUCCUCCUCCUCUUUCUUCUCUCUCUCUCUCUUGUUUUCUUGCCAGAUGUGUGGGCAUAUGGGUGAAAUGGCAUAGUCCAUGUUACUGGAACAGCUUUAAUUCGGGCAGUUAACUACCUGUUUUCUGUCAGCCUUUUUGUGGAGAUGAGCUCAUGGAUCUGAACUCAGCCUCCUAGCCACACUCCAGCCCCUUCCUGUCUAGCCUUGGGCAUCUGAGAGGGUCCCCCCGGCUUAUGAGGAGCCACCUCUGCCAUCAACGUCAGUGCUGAGGCCUCUCCUCCAGGCUCUGGGGCCUCAUGCCUGGGGACACGUGUCACAGCCAUUGCUAGCCAGAAGGGAAUCCAGCCGCCUUGGUAGAAUCUGCAUUUAAGUCUGAAUCUGGCCGCUUAUUCGAGACUCCUGAGGAAGUCCAUUCUCAUCUCUGAGCCUCAGUUUUCUUAUCUGAGAAAUGGGAAUGAUUAUCACUGUCUCGAGGGCUCCUCCUAGAGGUUAAAAACAAUGAGUACAAAGUGCUUAGCGCCAGGCCUGGCACAGAAUAAAGGCCCAGAAAUGCAGGCCAUUUAUUAUAAGGCUCAGUUGGCGUCGCGUUCUAAAAUUCAGCCUCCUCGGAGGAUUUCAGUGUCUUUUGGAGUGUCCUAAAAAUGUUG